UAAUUCAGAUUAUCGUCUUUAUUUUUAUUUUCAGAUUUUAGGAAAGACGAUAUCGCGUAUCUGCAGUGAAUCUCAGUGCACCGAGGGCUAAAAAUGCGAAAGAGUGGAGAAGUUGUUUUUUCCAUUUCCUGUUUUGUUGUAUUUCCUGGUAUGGGGACGAGCCGCUCAGCUGUUUUUUAAGAGCAAACCUAGACGUUGAAAUAAACCAGAGGGGGUUUGGGAAAAAAAGGGCUCUGGUUAAUUAGGAAUUCGUACAUAAAAUAAACCCCACAGAAGAGGCCGAAAAGGCUUUGAAGAAAUCGUGAAAGACAAGAUAAAUAUACCAUACUGAUGGCAGGGCUGGAAGGAGAGAUUUUCGAAUAGAAACAAGCAUCCGAACUGGGGCAGGAUUUUUUUUUUAAGCUACACAAUCAUUGCACCAGUUCGCUCGCAUCCCUGGCUGGCGUGAUGAAAUGAGUCUCUACCCAUGCCUUAUUUACCAAGGCUCCGGGGAAGCAAUGGAGAAGACGCUGUUUUAAGCUGAGAAGGGAAGAAAAGAAAAAAAAGAUCGCUUAGCUGUGCUAUUGCAAUAAUUGUAUUUAACGCCUGAGCAUCUUAGCGACAUCGUCGGAAGGGGGUAGCUUUUUAAUUUUCUUUAUUUUUUUUUUAUUUAUUCGUCAUGGAUUCGGCCACUUGCUUCUGGGGCGCCUAACCAGUUUAACCUUGGGCUUUUCUUACGUGGAAGAUAGGAAAGUGACAGCCGUAUUGCAAGGGGCUGUUUUGCCAAAGCAUAAGCAGACAGGAUCCCUUUGGCACGUUUUCAGGUUCAGCUGAAUAGCUGUCAUAGCCGGGACACUCGCCGGAUUUGGCACUUUUGGCGCUGCCAGUGUUAUACCGCCUUCACACCGGAGCUCGAACCUGGCUGGGGCGGACCGGGACGUUUCCUUGGGAUUGCUUUCUCUUUUCGCACAUUGAACUUCUUUCCUCCUCCUCUUCCUCCUCCCCCCGUCCCGUCGUCCGACUGCCGGGGAAGAUGAAGAAGUUUUUCGACUCUCGUCGGGAGCAGGUCGGCUCCGGCCCGGGUUCCGGCGCCGGCGGAGGCGGCGGGAGCGGGUCCGGCGGCGGCGGCAGUUACAUUGGAAGGGUGUUCAGCGUCGGACGGCACCAGGUCACGGUGGAGGAGACGCUGGCGGAAGGAGGCUUUGCGAUCGUGUUUCUCGUGCGAACGCACCAGGGUGUGCGCUGCGCCCUCAAGAGGAUGUAUGUCAACAACGAGCAUGACCUGCAGGUGUGCAAGAGGGAGAUCCAGAUCAUGAGAGAUCUGGUUGGGCACAAGAAUAUUGUGGGCUUCUUGGACUCCAGCAUCACAGCAGUGGGCUCAGGGGAUGUUUGGGAAGUUCUCAUUCUGAUGGACUACUGUCGUGGAGGUCAGGUGGUCAAUCUAAUGAACCAGCGUCUGCAAACGGGCUUCACCGAGACGGAGGUGCUGCAGAUCUUUUGCGACACCUGCGAGGCAGUCGCUCGGCUACACCAGUGCAAGACUCCCAUCAUCCACAGGGACCUCAAGGUGGAGAACAUCCUGCUCCAUGACCGAGGCCAUUAUGUCCUGUGUGAUUUUGGCAGCGCCACAAACAGGUUCCAGAACCCUCAGAGCGAGGGGGUGACCGUUGUGGAGGAUGAGAUAAAGAAGUACACUACCCUGUCAUACCGGGCACCCGAAAUGGUCAACUUGUACAGUGGGAAGGUCAUCACUGCUAAAGCAGACAUCUGGGCUAUGGGCUGCCUGCUCUAUAAGCUGUGUUACUUCACUCUGCCCUUUGGAGAGAGCCAGGUGGCCAUCUGCGACGGCAGCUUCACCAUCCCUGACAACUCGCGCUACUCCCACGACAUGCACUGCCUGAUCCGUUACAUGCUGGAGCCAGACCCUGACAAGCGCCCUGAUAUCUACCAGGUGGCCUAUUUUGCUUUCAGACUGGCCCGCCGUGACUGUCCUGUCCAGAACGUACAGAACUCUCCGAUUCCAGCUAAACUCCCUGAGCCAAUCAGAGCCAGUGAAGCUGCGGCCAAGAAGAGCCAGAUCAAAGCCAGGCUGACGGACCCCAUCCCGACUCUGGAGACCUCCAUCGCCCCUCGCCAGCGUCCCAAGGCGGGGCAGCCGCAGCCCAAUGCUGGCAUCCUGCCCAUCCAGCCCGCCCUCACCCCUCGGAAAAGGGCCAACGUGGCAGCCGGAGCAGUGCAGCAGCCAGUUGUGACCCUGGGGGCAGCCCAGCCAGCCGCGAUCAUCCAAUCCCAGAAAGCUCAAGCUUCCCAGCCUAUUUCUGCACAGCAGCAAGCUCCACCCUCCCAGCCACAGACCACACCUGCUCAAGUGCAGGCCACUCCCCCUCAGGCUCCUCCCCCGCCCCACCCCCAAGCCACACCUCAGCAUCAGCAGCUCUUUCUGAAGCAGCAACAGGCUGCCUUCUUCAGCCCUCAGCAGCAGCAGCAGCAGCAACAGCAGCAAGCACUCCAGGCUCAGCAGUACCAGGCCAUGCAACAGGCAGCGCAGCAGCAACUGAUACAGCAGCAGAUGAUGCAGAAUUUCUACCUACAGCAGCAGCCGCCUCAGCCCCAGCAGGCAUCGCAGCAGAGGCAGCCAGUGCAGAUCCUGGCCCCACAAGCGGCCGUGCAGCCGAAAGCCAAGCUGAAACAGCAGCAGCCCGUUACUCCAGGGGUGCCCCAACCGCAGCUGGCUGCGCCUACCCCCCAGAAACCGCUGCAGGCUCCCACCCAGCCACAGCAGCCGGCCGCCGCCCAGCAGCCCCCGACUGCCGCCCCACAAAAGCAGCCCUCGCCCCCGCAGCCUGCUGCCCAGCCUGAGCCGACGCCUAUUCCUCCAUCCCGGGCAUCUGGAAUGCAUAAGGUUGGCUCUCUCACGCCCCCCUCCUCCCCGAAGGCAGCGCGGGGGGGGCACCGGAGGAUCCUGAGUGAUGUGACCCACAGCGCAGUGUUCGGGGUGCCCAUCAGCAAAUCCACCCAGCUGCUGCAGGCUGCUGCAGCCGAAGCCUGCCUCAACAAGUCAAAAUCUGCGACCACCACCCCCUCGGGGUCUCCGCGCUCCUCCCAGCAAAGUGUUUACCAGCCCGCCGAGCCCCCCGCCGCCCCAGCCCUGCGCAGCCCCACUGAGGUGUCCACCUGGAACCCCUUCGGCAACGACAACUUCUCCAAGCUGACCGCCGAGGAGCUGCUGAACAAGGACUUUGCCAAACUCGCUGAUGGGAAGCCAGCAGAGAGAGUCAGCACUUCCACGGAGAACCUCAUCCCUGGACUGCAGCCUGCUCCCACGCCCCCUGCCACUGCCUUCCCUGUUAAGCCGUUUCCUGCCGGCACAGCAGAAAGGCCUGCUGAUAUUCUCAGCCUGGACUCUGGUGGUGGACUGUUAAGCGUUCCGGAUCCCUUCAUCCCCCUGCCCCUAUCAGAUACCCCAGAGAAGCUGAUUGAGGGGCUGAAGUCCCCCGAGACCUCUCUGCUGCUUCCUGACCUUUUACCCCUGGCCGACCCCUUCGGCAGCUCAGCAGAGAGCUCCAACAACGGUAAGGUGGAGGUGUGUGUGGAUUCGCUGAUCCCAGGACUGGAGCCCCCCCAGCCUCAGCGGCUCCCAUCCCAGAACGAGUCGAUCUCCUCCAGCUUACCAGACUCUCUGACUGGGGAGGACUCGCUGCUGGGCUGCUCUCUCCUGCCUCACCCUGCUCCUUCCUCCUCCUCCUCCUCCUCCUCGGGCGCUGGACCCUCCGCCUCCUCGCCUUCCUCCUCCUCUGCCUGUGCCGCCGCCCCUGCCGGUUCUGCUGCCUGUCUGGAUGAGUUUGCCCCAGUUUCUCUCGCCUCCGCCCAUCCGCAGUCGGACUCCACUUACCUCAUCUCGGGCUUUGAUCUGCCCGAGAACUCGGAGAAAGGCACUGAGGACGAGUUCGACCCCAUCCCCGUGCUCAUCUCCAAAAACUCCUCCCAAGGUGGUCACUCUCGCAACAACAGCGGCAGCUCAGAAUCCAGCAUCCCUAACCUGGCUCGAUCUCUGCUGCUUGUUGACCAGCUCAUCGACCUGUAGGGGAAGGGGGCGAUGCACUGGGGCGGGCAGUUCGAGGGAAGGGGCAUCAUAUAGCUUAGGCCACUUUAAUUGGGUCCUCACUUGCAGGUUCCCCUUGGCAAAACCUUCUCCCACCUCCAGACAAACCAUUUUCUCAUGCACAGAAACCCUUAUUUUUUUUUCCUGUCUCGUUAAUGGUCUUCUGCUCAGCCCGUAUACCGUUCCCUCCAAGUUCUCCUUCACCAUCUGUAUCCCUGUCUUGGUUUCUCCGUAUUUUCCAAGUGUCCUAGAGCCAGCUUCAAGUCACCAGUGUGUCAGACUUUCAGAUCGGCUCAUCUCCCAGCUUGUUUGCGUCAUAUGUAGUAAGGGUUUGCUGUAGUCAGGCAUUCAUUUUUCACUUUGUCUAGGCUGUCUGAGAUCUGCUACCCAGUGUUUUAUGUUUUCACAUAGCAACAGCGCUUUCGAACCCUUCGGAGCACUUUGAUAUUAAACAUGUAUUAGUGUUUUUUGGAAAGUUGUUAGGUGGGUUUCUGCAAAACCCCUUCUGCUGUGAAGCUUCUUAGUUCUGUCCACUUUGUCAUGUCCUUAGUCUAUCCAAAGCAUUAUCUUUACUUGGAUUCCCUGACAGCUUAUCUGUACAGAUGUUUUGCUACACUUGUCUAUUUUAACACUGUUCAGGGUUGAUCACACAUUGCUUAGCCUCACUGCAGUGUCACAGAAAAGCAUCUGCUAGCAGUGGAUGAUAGCUGAACAGACUAGUUGGAGAACAUUUUGACAUUUAUAUAAUGUAAAAUAAUAACCCCUUUGUGCGCCUACUUGAACCCUGCCUGUCCAAUGACUACAAAUCCCACAAUUCCCCGCUUACCCAUUUCUUCAUUACCUGCAUAAUCCGUGACCCUCUGCUCCCUUUGCCUACAACAUCCAUAGUGCUUUGCUUCAUUCCAGUGUUGUCCCUCUACUGUCUGUCCUUGUACCAAAGGCUCUUGCAUGGAAAUUGUGCAUAUUCAAACACAUGUACCAGUUACAGCUUUUAGUAAUAUGGGUAUUUUAUUUUCAUAUGUUAUUUUGUGUUUUCUUUUUCCUAAGUGGGCUGGCACACUUAUGUUGAGAUUCUCACAAAUUCUCAAUUUUAAAUUUGGGAGAUCCUGCCAAAUUAAGAAACCUACCUGUGUGUAUGUUAAUAUGGGUGUGGCAGAUAUGCUCUAAACAUGCACCUAACAUGCUGCAGCUUACAAUGGGUGUGUUCAGGAUCAGCAUCCAGCUGCACUUUGGAUUAAGUAAGACUGCAACUUCGAUUGCUUGAUAAAUGCAUCAAGCCACAGAUGUCAAAAGAUGUGUCAGAAAGGCAUCAAGUCUCUGACUUGGUUGAAUCCGGGUAGUGAAUUAACAUGUACUGUAUACAUUCUCAGCAUUAAAUGGUACAAUCCUGAGAUGGUUAUCAAAUUGUACCACAAAGCAUACUGGUCAGACCAUGAAAUGCUGAACUAUUCUAAGACAUCUAGUGAUCAUAAAAGUGUAGAGUAAUUUGUGCAUGCCUAAACCUUCAAUUAGGUUUUUGCAGUACCUUUAGGAAUUUGCUUAGUCAUGUGCAGAUAUGUGGUGAGCCACAGGGCUAGUGGGUAGCGUGUGCCAGUCUCUCUCAUUGGUGUUUAUGUAUCUUUCCUACUUUUGGAUCAAUAGUGGACACUUGUUACUAUAGGUCUAUGAAGGUUGUAUGAUCACAAGGAGCUGGUUGCUGGUCUUGAACACAUCCCCAGACUAAAUCAGGUUUUCAUCAGAUACGUGUCUAAUGUAAGCUAGAUGCAGGAAAAGGUAACCGUUUGAUCAAAUUCACUCAAGUCCUGCAUAUUAAGACAAUAUGUUUUCUUUUGCAAACCAGCCAUUGCAUUUCAAGUAGUUUCUUACCCUAGAGCUGCUUCUUUCCCGAAAAACAAAACUAAUUUUCUCAUCACCUUUGGUAUAUGACCAGAGUUUGCUCCCUGGAGAAUUCCACAGACAGAUUUGUCAGAGGAAUUGCUUGUCUCCUGCAGAAUCAGUUACAUACUCCAUAUUAUUGUUCUGUGGCUGUUUUGAAUUCAAAAUUAUUUUUCCUCAGAUAUUUUAACCCAUUCUGCAGAAGACAAGAGUCUGUUGAAAAUUCCAUGUUUGUUGAAUUCUCCCAGGAGAGAGAUUUAAAACCUCCAACAAUACUAACAGUGACAAUCAGAAACUGUUAAUUAUUUUGUUAAUUAUUUUGAGUGUGAAGCACAUGCUUAAGGACUUGAGUAAUUUUGGAUGGGCAUAAUUGGUGUAAUUAGUAUGUCUACAUAUGGUACUGAAUACUUGUGUCCUGAACACCGCUAUGUUGUGCUGCCCUGCACAUGAUUCAAAGGCAGAAAAAUGUGGAACAGCAUUAGUGAGUGUUAAAGCUGUGGGUAUUACAACUCCAGUAAGAUAACUUGAAAGGGAUAAUUUGACGGUUUAGGGGUCACUGGUUUGGGAUGCACUGUUGGACACCGAGAAAAGCUGCCUCACUGUCGAAAGAACUUUGGAUAACACUGCAUCGGUGGGCGGACUCUGUCCCGAUAAUAGGAUGCUACAGACUGAAAGGGAACCAGGACUGUUGCGCUCUUAAGAGAGUACUCACCUCUGAAUCCCCGGGGUGUUUAGCAAAAGAUAACCAGGAGGGCGUUAAUACUGACUUUUGCGGAUCACCUGGACGCUGAACAAUUUUUCCAUUAAAUUUGGUUUUAUGUGGAGAGUGGCCGGUAUUCCGGAUGUUGUGUGCCCAAGCCACAGAUGUCACCUUUGUGCUGUUUUCAGUCCUGCUAUGCUGGCACUCACUGCCCUGUCCCCUCCCCCAGUGAUGGCCAUCUCGCUUUCUUGACAUUCCUGAAGUUCUUUUUGCUGAUAUUGUCCAUAUUUGUUGUUCUUUGGUUUUCUUGCAAAAUGAUGUAUAUUGUUAAACUGCAAACCUACUGUAAAGUGUCUUUGCCCCCUCCAGCACAUCCUCUUUCCCUGGUGUAUAAAGUCAGUUAGAAAUGUCCUUUUCUUUUUUUCCCUUUUUAAACAGAUAGUAUAAGUACAAUACAUAUAAAGUGUUUAAAAGUAAAUACAGAUAUUUCAAAUAUCACAGUAAGCAUAAAUGUGAAUAUAGAUAGAGUGCUAUAGAAUGAAUGUAUGGAGUAUCAAUAUAUAAAUAUAUUAUUCUUAUGAUUACAAUGAUAUAUUAUAGUUUUAAGAGGAAUUCUUUAUUUCUGUCUUCUUUAUGACACUGUUCUCAAGAGUGUAAAGAUAGUGUCCCUAUAUCUAUCCUGUUGCAAGUGUCUUUCGUCUUUUCUUUCUGUGUUUGAGAAGGCGGCCAGCUGUUUAUUUCUUCACUGCUUAUCAAGCAGAGAUGAGAGCAGGAAGAAGCUUCUGAGCUCUCUCCUCUCGGCUUGUCUCCCUCUCUGUCCAGUUUGGUCUGGCUUUCAGCUGGGAGUACUGCGUCACUCCCAGUUGGAAACACUGAAAGGAACUUAUCAUUCUUGGCUGCUUUCUGUAACCCUGGCCAUAUGAUGACAGGAAGUGUUUAUAAGCUAGAACAGGAAGUAGUAAGACAAGAAUCAUUUUAACCAUGUACACCUGAGUGGUUAGAGGGUUAAAUUAAAGAAAGUGUGGGAUGUGUUCUUCACUCAAAUGGUAACAUUAAACAUAUAUAUAUGUUUGUUUAUAAGCCCUCCUGUGUUCAGUAUGGCUGUUAUAUUUGUGGAAUUGGGAAACAGCCUUUAAGCUCUAAAUUGCAAGGCGUUCAUAUUGACUUAGUUUUUUUUUUUUUAUUUGUGAUUUUGGAAGAGGCAAAACUCCAUGCAAAGGAAACUGUAACCUUUAUGUUAAAUUUUAUAUUUUUCAUGUAAGCACUUAUAGUACCUAGCUAUAUAUUUUAUACAUUUCGUGUAAACACUAACCUAGGUGAAUGGUAACUGGAAUGAGUCUCAGUGCUUUAUGUGAAGUUAAAGGUCUAAUAUAAUAUAUUAUAUAUAAUUUUCACAUCAGUAAUAGACGCAAAAGUGAAUUUUUAAGUAAUUAAAAAUUAAAAAUUAGAUAAAAGAUUUACACUUACAUUUUUAGGAGUUUGGGGGCUGUAAGACCUUUAAGGAUUUUUUGAUAGUGUAUUUUAAAGGGUCUCUGUUGAUCUCCGAAGAGCUGUUUUUGUUGGGAACCUCUGUGUCACAUUUAAACUCUCACAUUUAAAACUGGUUUGUAUAGAAUUGUAUGGAAGGGUGCAAAAUUCCAUGUUUUAUGUGAGCUAUCCUGAUUUGCCACACUGGGGAUAUCAGUUUAAUUGUCGCAUCUGUACUUUUGCUUGGCAGGUCGUAACAAACACCCAGCUGUUAAGUAGGCUGCUAAGAUUGAACAGGGAAAUCAUAGCAUGCAUGUAUUGUCCAAAAACAAUGCAAUGCAAAAACGUCUGUAUUUAAACCAACACGCAUGAGGAUUUUAUUCUAAAAGAAGGGAAGAAUAAGAAGGGAUGAGGAUUUUUGUGCAGUCGGUUCAGUUGGAGGUGGAUUUAUAUCAAGUUAUCUUUGGGGGAGACUAAGCCAAGUUCUGCGUUCUCUGGCACCAUCUGACAUUAUUAAUCUCUGCCUCGAGCAGGUAUGUUUUCAAGACACUGCUGCUACUGUGCCGUAGGUAAAAGCCAAUUGGCUCCGUACGUAAGUUAUACAAAUAAGACUUGAUACCUGAUGGUUGAGUAGGACACCGUCCUUUAUAUGUGCAAUUUCCUCUUAAUCUUCAAUUGUAGUCUCCUUUUUUUUUUUGGGAGGGUUGACAAUAUGAGUUGCAUCCAGAGUCUGAACUCUUGACAUUCAUCUUCCUGCAGGGCUGCAGUCUCACAAAACUGCUAAUUAACAGUUAGAAUUAUAGAUCGGUAUCAAAUAAUUGUAGACUCAAAUGCAAAAAGCCCCUCGCAGUCAGGACAAUUAAAGGACAGCUGCAAUGUAUUUCAGUUCUUGUCACAUUUGCUCUCUUGCCCAUGCUUCCUGGUUCCUGAUGGUUAAAUGCCAAACAAGCUGUUUGACUGGUCUGCAACGACCAAGAGAAAGUUAUGAAUGGGCAUACUGAUGUGUCUGGGGUGUCCACAGAGAGUAUUCGAACCCUGGUGGCUGGCUCCAAAGCCAAGUACAUGACAUAAUCGUUUCUGGUUCUUUACCCUUUGGACAGUUCAGUUUCAGUUUCACUCCUAACAUUUUAGUAACCUAAAGCACCUUUUUAAUGAACUUAAAGAAAUUAGCAGCAGUCUCAGUAAAGCAAAGGUUUAGUUCUAAUGAAUGCUAAGUUAAAUGGUGUGAGACAGGUCAGGGCAAAAGAGGAAAGCACUGAGGUUCCAAAGCCCAGGGUUUUAAAAAAGCCCUGUUAUUGGAGGUUUUCCACAUGAAAUGGGACAUUUUUAGACAAGUGAAAGAUAGGUUGUUUUUUUUCUUGCACCCAAGUGCAUUUUCUCCAGUGGUUUUGGGUUCCUCCUACUUCACAACUGCUAUCUCUUGUUUCUUGUAAUUGGAGUUAGGUGAGGCUGUGCUCUGUGAUGAGUCAAAUUUAUUUGAGCUGUACAGAUAGACAUGGAAGCCAAUGGGAUCCACAAGAAGAGAUACUGUUGCCAAUUCAUCUCUCUUAUCCUUGUAUUAUGUAAUAUUCAGCAAAUCUGGCUGUGAUAAAGUUAACAAUUAAUUCUGUCUGCUUGUCUAACUCCUUCUUUUGACCAGUACCUAUUGUUGGUGGCAGCUUGCUUGUAUUAAUAUGAACAGUACUGAUUACACUUACUACAGGGCCAGAAUGCACUAUGACCAAUCAAAGCAAGCACUCUUUACUUUUCUGUAUAUAUAAAACGCUCAUAUUUGCUGAUUUUUAAACUUGAGUGGAAUCUUUCCACUGUCUUUAAUGUGACUUUGAAUUGUUUUCACGUGCAUCCUGAAUGUAUGUGAAGACGAAACCUAAUUGUCUUCAGCCGUCACCGUGCAUUGUACCUUAACCGAUAUGUAAAUGAAAUGAUACCACUGCUGGGAAAGAGCUGUUUUAAUGACUUCGAACAGGAGGAAAUUCAGCUCUUCACCUGAGUGUUUGAAUUUGUACUAACUGCUGUAUGUUCCUGCUAAUUCUUGUGUGUUAGUAAUAAAGGUGAGGCCUUUGAGUGAGUGUUACUGCUGGAGGGUUAUUUUACUUGUAGGACCAUUGUAGGUGUGCUAUUUUACUUACAGUCUUGCUAAGUUUUAUAGCACAUUACACUGUUGGGAGUUGGGGGUGCUUUGGAGAUUUCUUCUGUGAACUACAGCAAAAUUAUCCCACUUUGCGUCACCUUUAAUGUCUGUCCAUACCAGUUGAAUACUGGGAUAUGGGAUAUGGACUUACUGUAUUUUCCUUAUUGGUUAGCAAUUGGCAAGUGUGAAGAAACAGCAGCAUGUGCUAUACUGAGAGGCCGAUAAUAACUGGGUUUUUGCUCUGCUGUCCUUGGCAAUGGAAGCCUAAGCUUAUAGUUUGUUACCCAAUUUCCUUCUUUGUUCCCUUUGAGGGUUUUGUCAUCAGCCAACGCCUCAAAGGGGGACUGAAACCAGGGAUCCAGCUUCUCAUUAAGCAAAGGAAAUCAGAACAUAAGAUGGUUCACAUUUUGUCUACUACAAAUUAAAUUUCCCAUUGGAGAGUUUACCAGUUAGAAUUUGCUUCAGUACAUCUGAUAGAGUUUUCAUGUCCCAUUUUAUACUGAUUCUCCUUUUUAUAAACCAGGGGUGUCCAAUCUUGGUACUGGAGGGCCAAUGUAACUUCAGAUUUGUGUUUGAAUUCCGCCCAUGAUUACCUGAAUCAGCUUGUUCCUGGCUUUAUUUGGCCCUGGUAUUCCAAGUGCUGGUACUUUGGAGAGACAUAAAAAACCUGUAGGCACACUGUCUCUCAGGGACCAGGAUUAGAAACCUCUGGCAUGAGCUAUUCCUUUCUGUUCUACUAUGUUGAACUGUAGACUGUGGUGAUAGUUACUGCCCUAACUAGAUGUGAAAAAUAAUUCCUAUAAUCAUAGUCUAGUGUAUAGAAGCAUAGUGAGAACGGGGUCACGUCAAAUGAAUACCUUAAACACCCACUUUGUACAUACAGUACAUGCACAUUAACUGCAUAAUCAACAAAACAUAGGACAGCACGUUGAAGGAAUGGAAAAUACAAGGUGAAGGUUAAACAUUAUUUUGCAAAUUUGCUGUGAUAAGGGGUUUGGAAGUAGAUGCGUGUUGAGAGUUUUCCAUCAAUGAAACUGUAUGUGUGUGGUGGUAUCAGUGAGUCCAGUGAUGGCUUUGUUAUAGACUCGUAUGGCAUGCACAGCUUCAGGCACUGGCAUGCUUUAGGCCAAAGGAAAACAGAAAAGACAAAGGGGUGUGUGGCCCUUUUUUUAAUUGAGCCGGUGAAGAAAUGCAUCCUUUAACAUAUCCAUCUCCAGUAUAGUCUCAGCUGCUCCCUCUGUUCGGUCUUUGGACCAUGCCUAUAUUGUGUGGCGAUUCUCUUCUAUGUUUGUUUUUUGUGUACCUUUAAAAGAUAUUGAGCCAUUGAGACGCAUUCAUUUCAAGGAUGCUAAUAAAGUUAAGGAGUUAUUGAGUCCAUCACUGGGGUUGGACGAGGUUUGGUUAAUCCCUGUUCUUGAGAUCUGUGGGAAUUGUCGGGGUGCUUUUGUUAUGAUGGCAGUUCCAUUGUCAGCACCCUGGUCUCAAAGGCUUGUUUCCUGUGGUACAUCUGGGUGAGAUCCCCCUUCUCGGCAACCCCUCUUUUUAAAUAGGAAGCAGGGCUGAUGAAGGAAGAUUCUUCCUGAUGUCUCUGUCUUCUCGAUGGGCUACUGUCUCCUUUUCUUCUCGGAGGACUGAUCUUUGAUUUCUUCUUUCUCCCCCUCUUCCCGUCCUUCUGAUCCAACUCGUUCCUCCAAGCCCAUGGAGGCUACAAACAUUCCCUGUUUGUAGGGAGGAUUGUUUUGUGUUUCUAAAUUGGUGCAGCAAUUUUAGAUUUCCUUGGAACUGAAGAAGAAAUAUUUGCCUACCUGUAGAUUCUCUUCCCCUGCUGUUGUAUUUGCGGCGCGUUCGUUUGCCAGGCUUUGGAAGGUCUCGGCCACAUGUUUUUACUUCAGUCUUCAGCACCUGCUUGCACUGCAAAACUCAAGGAUUCGAGGGGAGUUGUUGAUCUGAAUGUUCCCAUUUUUGCAGCAGCUGAGCUUGCCUUUGUAGAGUACUCUCAUUUAAAUAAUACAGGGUAAAGCUUAAAAUAAUUCACUUGCUUUCCUAUUCAUUCUCAAAAGAUAUGGUGAUUUCAAAGAUUCUGAAAUGCUGUUGCAUUCUUUAGCUCUUACAGCAUGUCUUUGGUAUGAAAGCAGAACAUUACAGAGCCUACUAAUUGGUGUUUGUAUUUUGACCAAGAAGUCAGUGAUCUGCUCAGGGAUCUGAAACUAAUGUUUUAUCUACCCCAAAAAAUCCAUUUAAGGAUCCAGAGAAAACCUCAGUCAAUCAAACCUGAAUAUUUAGUGUCUGAAAACAGAGGCUCACAGGUUACUUGAGCAAUUUGAGUUUUGCGCUAAGGCAAAAGGAUACCGUUCCUUCCUUUUUAAAAGUCAGGGUUAAUUGCACUUUGGCUUUUUUGGUGUCGUCACCCCCGUGCUUUGGCUAAUUAAAGCAGCACAGGAAUACUCGCACAUUGAACCCUGCUCAUCAGACUUGCAGCAUGUGGGUCACUCUAGUGUAGUUCUUGCGUAAGCUCUUUAAAAACAAAUUAGUAGUGUAAAUGAGUGUGUCUUGAUGAAUGUUGUAAAUUGCCUUCACCCCCAUGUUGACUCUCUCUCUGUCCUGUUAUCUCUCUACUCUCUCCACUGUACAGCUGAGUCUCUUGCAGAUUUCUGUGUGGCUAACCUAUGCAAUCCCAGUGCUUAACCUUAUUCUUAGACACCAGAGUGCUGUAUUUCAGUAGAGGUCUAGCCUUGCCAGUAGAAAUUUACUUCUGUGUUGCUGUGAAAAACAAAAACAAAUUGUACCCUCUGUGUUUGGAAAAAAAUAAUUAUACAAAAACGCCCAGUUCUGUGUUGGAGCAACAAUGUAUAAUUCAAUGUGUAUCUUCUAUUUUUAUGAAAUGACAAAAAAGUGUUAAAUAAACAUGUAAAUGUGAAUGUAA